GGUCCUCAAAGGCGAAUCUCUCGGUGCCUCCCACAGACCCUCUUUCUCUACCUCCAGUCUCACUCGAAGGGCCCCAUAUACACCGAUCGAAUCACGCGAAAAGAGGGAGCAGAGUACAUCAUGGCAUCAAACGGCGUGAACGGCGUUCACUAUGAGGACGACGAGGAUAUUGACUACACAGACAUCGAGAGCAAAUACAAAGUGAAGUACGAGGAGGGCUUCGACAACAUCCUGGUGGUGGAUGGUGUCCCGAUCAUCGACCAGUCCAAGCGAGGCAAGCUCCUGGAGAAGAUCGCAAAGGAGUUUGCGCGGAAGGGUGCACCCAUCAAGCCUGCUGAUGUCUCCGUCCCAUGGAAUGACUCUACUGGGAAGAGCAAGGGCUUUAUCUUCGUUGAAUGCAAAACCGCGAACGAUGCUGCUUUCGCGCUGAAUGCGAUGGACGGCCAUCCGUUCGACUUGAAGCACACGUUCAGAGUCAACCGCUUCACUGAUAUUGAGCGGUACGCAAACAUUGACGAGACGUACGUCGAGCCGGAGCCUGAGGAGUACAAGCCGAAGGAACACUUGCGUUCUUGGCUCGGCGACGCUCAGGGCAGGGAUCAAUAUGCAACAUACCAGGGAGAUGAAGUCGAGAUUCACUGGCAUGGUAAACCCUCGCAAUGCGAAAUUGCGUUCAGCAGACCCAACUGGACAGAUCUCUACACCUCCUGGUCACCUCUCGGUACGUUCAUGGCCACCCUCCAUCGUCAAGGUGUGCAAUUAUGGGGCGGUGCGUCGUGGGGGAAGCAGCAGCGCUUCGCUCACCCCAUGGUCAAGCUUGUUGACUUCUCGCCCGGCGAGAACUUCGUCGUCACUUGGUCCAACGACCCUAUCGUGGUCCCUGAGGGUGCACAGCAGGGACCGCAGUUCUUCUCUCCAGAAGACGAAGGGCACAACGUUGCCGUCUGGGAUAUCAAGACAGGUAACCUCCUCCGGACGUUCCCUACGACCUACCCCGAGGGCGAGGACGUGAAGAAGCAACUGCAAUGGCCUGCGCUUAAAUGGAGUCCCGACGACAAAUUCGUCGGGCGUGUCACCCCAGGCCAGCAGAUCAGCGUCUACGAGCUACCUAGCAUGGGUCUGCAGGGCAAGAAAUCCAUCAAAAUCGAGGGUGUUGUUGACUUCGAGUGGUGUCCACACAGUGACAAGGACCGCGAGGAAGCCGAGGCCGAGGCGAACGGUAAGAGCACGAAGAAGCCGAGGGAGAACAUGCUUGCGUAUUGGACGCCUGAGGUGGCCAACCAGCCUGCCCGUGUUACACUCAUAAACUUCCCGAGCCGAGCCAUUCUCCGGCAGAAGAACCUGUUCAAUGUCACAGAGUGUAAGCUCCAUUGGCAAAACCAAGGAGACUUCCUCUGCGUCAAGGUUGAUCGUCACACAAAGACGAAGAAGUCCAUCUUCUGCAACCUGGAAAUCUUCCGUGUGCGCGAGAAGGACUUCCCCGUCGAGGUCGUCGAACUGAAAGACGCUGUCACCGACUUCUCCUGGGAGCCGCGUGGCGAGAAGUUCGCGCUCAUCUCGAGUAAUGAUCCAAACCUCGCCAAUCCAGCGCCUGGCAUUACCAUCAAGACCGACGUAAGCUUCUACCAGCUCGUGCGGGGCAAGGGCGACUUCAAGCUCCUCCGAACAUUGCCGACACGGACCAGCAACACUGUGCGGUGGUCACCCCGUGGUCGUCAUGUCGUUCUCGCGACGAUCGGUUCUUCCAGCAAGUCGGAGCUCGAGUUCUGGGAUCUCGACUUCAAUGCGGACGACACUGGUCGUCGGGAAGGACCCUCGAAGGAGGAGUGGGGUAGUGGUAUUCAGCAUCUGGGUACUGCGGAUCACUACGGUGUCACGGACGUCGAGUGGGAUCCCAGUGGGCGCUACCUUGCGACGAGCGCGAGUGCAUGGAGGCAUACGCUUGAGAACGGCUAUGCUAUCUGGGACUUCCGUGGUCAAGAACUUGAGAAGCACAUUCUCGACCGCUUCAAGCAGUUCCUUUGGCGCCCACGCCCACGCACGCUGCUCACGAAGGAGCAACAGCGGCAAAUUCGGCGCAACCUCAAGGAGUACAGUCGCCAGUUCGACGAGGAGGAUGCCGCCGAGGAGAGCAAUAUCAGCGCGGAGCUCAUCGCACACCGGAAGCGGCUCGUUGACGAGUGGAACGCCUGGCGCAAGCGGGUCAAGGCCGAGGUGGCUGAGGAACGCAAGCUUCUCGGUGAGAAGGUGGAGCCCGAGGCUGAGAAGGAGGCUGAGGAGAAGGAGGAAAUCGAGCUCUGGGUUGACGAGGUGAUCGAACAGAUUGAAGAGGAGGUCGUUGAGUAAGCAUGCGGCUUACGCACUUGUUGUGAGUAGUGACUUCCGCUCGUCUUCGUCGAAUCUACGUGUAUGUGCUAUGUAGUCAGUUACGCCCGGUUUCUUUCAUGAAACCAUGAUAUAUGCU